GCUCUCUUCAGAUCAGCAGAAUCUGUUCAGCUCGAGACGGACAAGAUGGCGAAGUGAGUGGGUUGCGCUUUGAACAGAAAGCAGCGACUCACACAAUUCCUUCAACGUUAAAACGUCGGUUGCCUUGAUGUACGGUCGAAUAGGCUGGAAAGCGCGUCUUUAAGAAGAAAAGUCGCCCCUCAAAGCGAGGUGAUUUGAAGAGAGCGUCGAGGACACCGACUCCUCCGUGUCCUUUCAGGCUAAGCUGCUAGUCAGCUAUUCUGGGAAUUGCUCGAGAAAAAACAGCCUCAACCUCAGGGGAAAUAGUGUUUUACUUAACUGUCGAGACAAUUAAUCUCCUCUUGAAACCAAUGUCCGUUAUCACCUCAAUUUCGUCGUUGUGAGUUGUUAAGGACACGGCUAGUGAGAAAGACUCGCUUAGGCUAGCUAGCGUUGUUUCUACUGGACGGAAGAAGAGAGAGGGCAGCCUGAAAACCUCACCCGUUCACACAGUUUCAGAGGACUUCUCGGAUUUUAGGACAUGGCCAGCAGCAGUGGCUCUAAAGCCGAGUUCAUAGUCGGUGGGAAAUACAAGCUCGUUCGGAAAAUCGGAUCUGGAUCCUUUGGUGACAUUUAUUUGGCAAUCAACAUCACAAAUGGAGAGGAGGUAGCUGUGAAAUUGGAAUCACAGAAAGCCAGACACCCUCAACUUCUGUAUGAAAGCAAGUUGUACAAAAUUCUCCAGGGAGGAGUCGGAAUCCCACACAUCAGGUGGUAUGGCCAAGAAAAGGACUAUAAUGUUCUAGUGAUGGACCUGCUGGGGCCAAGUCUGGAGGAUCUCUUUAACUUCUGUUCCCGCAGAUUCACAAUGAAAACUGUCCUAAUGCUUGCAGAUCAGAUGAUCAGCAGAAUCGAGUAUGUGCAUACAAAAAAUUUCAUCCACAGAGAUAUCAAGCCAGACAACUUUUUAAUGGGUAUUGGCCGUCACUGUAAUAAGUGUUUAGAAUCUCCAGUGGGGAAGAGGAAAAGAAGCUUGGCUGUUAGUUCUUCUCAAGACCCAUCUUUCUCAGGAUUAAACCAGUUGUUCCUCAUCGACUUUGGUCUGGCCAAGAAAUAUCGAGACAACAGGACACGACAGCACAUACCGUACAGAGAAGACAAAAAUCUCACAGGCACGGCUCGCUAUGCCAGCAUCAACGCACACUUGGGCAUCGAGCAGAGUCGUCGAGAUGACAUGGAGUCGCUAGGAUACGUGCUGAUGUACUUCAACAGAACCAGCCUGCCAUGGCAGGGACUGAAGGCUGCCACAAAGAAACAGAAGUAUGAGAAGAUUAGUGAGAAAAAGAUGUCGACCCCUGUCGAGGUCUUGUGUAAGGGGUUCCCAGCAGAGUUUGCCAUGUACCUGAACUACUGUCGUGGGUUGCGGUUUGAAGAGGCACCUGACUACAUGUACCUGCGUCAGCUUUUCCGCAUUCUUUUCAGGACUCUGAACCACCAGUAUGACUACACAUUUGACUGGACCAUGCUGAAGCAGAAAGCAGCACAGCAAGCAGCCUCCUCAGGGGGACAGGGGCAACCGGCACAAACCCCCACAGGCAAGCAAACUGACAAACCCAAGAGUAACAUGAAAGGUUAGUAGCAAAAAGCCAAGCGACGUUUUCAGCACAAAACAAAGACACCAAUUGCUCACAUUUGUAAAAACAAAAGUGGAUUUGCAACAUUUGCUCCCCAAAAGAGUCAUGAAAUGCAAAGAAACGGUGUUAGUUCAAGGAUGCACCCCACUCCAAAAAAAGAAAAAUUUCAAUUGGUAUGUCUUUC